UCCUUUUUUUUUCUUCGAAAGUAAAAUUCGUUCCUUCUCUUUUCGUCUCACCACCACACCGAACUGUAGACGUCUGUCGGAAGAUUCUCUCCGGUUUCCAUCGCUUUCUCCGAGGCUCGAAGCCUCCAUUUUCGUUUCUAGGGAUUUCUCCAUCGAUUAUCCUUUCAAAAUCUCUCUCAGGAACAUGAGCAUAUACAGUUGAUGUUGCGCAUUUAACAUGCUGAUGGAGUCGGGAGUCAUCUUGCAAUCUGAGGCAAACCUCCAUUCGGAGAAUAUUGCGAUCCAUGAGAGAGAUCAUGGGGUAGCCUCAUUGGCACCAAUUAACAUUGUUCCUCAGCAGCCAGUUAAAAAGCCAACACGUCAGUGGGCUGCUUGGACCCGUCAAGAGGAGGAAAAUUUCUUUACUGGGCUACGACAAGUUGGCAAGAAUUUUGAAAAGAUCACUUGUCGUGUGCAAAGUAAAAAUAAGGAUCAGGUCAGACACUAUUACUAUCGUCUUGUAAGGCGUAUGAACAAGCUUCUUGGUCCAGGAUUGUAUCUUGAUGCUAAAAAUUCUAAAGAUACUAAUGCUGCCAUGCUUCGUUGGUGGUCUUUAUUAGAAAAGUAUAGCUGCAAAGCAUCAAAACUUCACUUGAAGCCUCGAAGAUUUAAGAUAUUUGUAGAAGCCUUGGAGCACCAACUCCUAAAAGAUCGUAAGAAAAGUGUUAGGAAGCGGCCUCCUCAAGGGGAAUACAGCUCUCCUGUUUCAAGCUCAGUUUCAAAUCAGAGUAGAGUGCCUGGACAGGAUAAUCGUACUGUUAAACUAGUUCUUGUUGAUAGUCAAAACAUUCAGAAAGUAGGAUCUGGAAAAGCAUCAUCAAAGCGCAAUGUAAAUGUAAGCACUAACCGUGGUAACAGUAAAGGUGACUCAACUACCAUGAAGCCUGCAAGGCAAAGGAGGAAACCAGGUUAUCUAUCUGUUGUAUCAUCAGCGGCCUAUAAAAAAUGGGAAAAAGCGGCAAUUGCUGGGGUUUCUUUGGUUGCUGAUGCUGCUGAACACUUGGAGCGGACAACAAUUGAUAAAGAGAUUGAACAAGACCAAAGUACUUCAGGGCAAACCAAGAGUUCUUACCCUCUUGGACAAGUUCUUCACUCUUUGCCUACUUUUCCUCAAAGUCCUUUUGUUGAGAAUAACAUACAUUCAGCUAUGAAACUCAAGCUCCAGCUGUUCCCAAUUGAUGAUGGUACUAGGAGAGCGUUGGAAAUGGAUAAACACAAUCCCCACCUUGAGCUUACUCUUAGUAGUCGGAAAAGAAUAUCAUCAGUUUUGGAACAUCUGAAUCGCAAAUGGGGUAGUUCAAGUAUUGCAUCUGGAGAGCUAAUGCUUUUCCCUUAUGGUGCCCAAAGGGACAGCCUGGUGGGUUGUCAGAGAUGGACACAGGACUCAGUUGUUAGUGCUGCGGAUGUAUAUGCUAUGAUUGGAAGCCCUCCUGUUUUUCGUUUAAGGUAUUGUUGGUUUCCCACUUCUGAACAUGAGACUAUCGCAUUGCAAGAGAAAGCACCUGCAGCAUCUUGCUGCAUUCCAAGAGAGCAUGAUCCGAAUAUGGAAACGAGGGAUGAGGCAAUUAUGAGUUCAGCAUCCAUCUCUCAGCCAGCAACCAAUUAUCAGGCAACGGGUCCCAAUAACAAUAAUCUAGUAUCGGUGAACAAAAACCACACUUACACGUUGACCUCAACCAAUGUGCCCAAUGAAAGGCCUAACGUUGAAGGUCCGGUUGAUAACCUGGUGGAGUCCUCUGACCCUACUGUAAAUAAAUCGUGGCAUGGAAAGGGGGCUGGUGAAGAGACUAUUACAAGACAUUUGGGAGAUAUGGAUGGCAUGCGAUUGUGCAACGGAAGCGGUCUAUCUGCUGGGGAGUGGGCUGACAGCCUCACCAACGUAAGUGUUGGAGAUCUGCUUUCAGGAAUGUCUCAGGAUAUAAAUGCUAACUGCAUGCAUCCACCUAUUCCUGAAAGCUCUCACUGCCUUCAGCAGGUUCCGUUCAGCUGUGACUCAUUUGAUGCAGCUAUUGCCGCUCAUAUUUCUCGACAGCAAGACAAGAUGGGAUGCCAACCUAUCUUGGAAUCUCAGGCACCUUCCAUCUUGGAUGCUGAAGAAACAUGCGAUGGCUUCUUAUUUCAAAGGAACCAAGUUCAUCGCGAGGAGACUCAAUGUUUUUUAGGUGUUGCUUCUGUGAGCACUUACAAACAAACUGCUAGAACAAGCUUGAUGGACUCUGGCUAUUUGGAUGAGGAGUUAUCAGAUGUGGACGGGCCAACUGAUAAUUCUUCUCAAGGAGAUCCUAUGGAUGAGUGUGAGCCGGUAAAAGAUUUCAAUGAUCUUGCAGAUAUUUAUUGGCCUGAUUCCCUAGGACCGCUAGAUUUGGAUAUACCAUCUUCCAAGUACCACAGUGAAGAUAUAAUUCUGAGCGAUAGUCUUGGUGGGUUAAACCGACUGAUAGCCAGCAGUCUGGAUGCGUUUCAGAAUUGCUCGUUUUUUGGGAUGGACAAGAAAGAAUCAGCAUCAACAGUCGAAGCUCGAGAAACUACCUCCUUUUCAAAUUUUAAAAUUGGCAGUGAACUUUGAGCUUUGUUGAAUUGAUUACUGGUGGUGACAUCUUCUAGAUGCGAGCUUUAACGUUGGAGUAUAGAGUAUACAAAUGAUCUCCCAGAUCAGCUGACUUCAGAUGGUUGCAUACUAAAGGUGCUUUUGCCAGCCAAAGAGAUUCCGGCAUUUGCUUGCAUUGUUUUUCUGAUUGAAAUAUAUCGGAAGAAAAUUCUCAUAGUUUGCUCCGGCUUUUAUUGUUUUGAUAGUUCUCUGUAAAUUGUGAUCACAAAGCUGAUGUGAGGAGCUGUGUGCAACCUUAACAGACCAAAAAGGACUUUGUUAAGUGGACA